AUGUCUCAACCUUGUGCUGUUAGUUUUGAAACGAUCGAUCAAUACUUUGCGAGAAGAAACCAACUCUUUGAUGAGUUCAAGCAAAGAAGAAGAAAUGAAUUGGGUGAUAAGAUUGGAAAAGAUAUUACCAUUACUUUGCCCGAUAACUCUACCAAGCCAGGAAAGGCUUAUGAAACCACUCCUCAUGAUAUUGCCAUGUCCAUUUCGGCUGGUUUGGCUGCUAACGUGGUGGUUGCGAAAGUGAAUGGCACUCUUUGGGAUAUGGGAAGACCACUUGAAGGAGAUUGUACUUUGGAAUUAUUAAAGUGGGAUGCUCCUGAAGCAAAGGAAGUCUUUUGGCACUCCUCUUCUCACGUUAUGGGUGAAGCCUUGGAGGAUGUCUUCAAGUGCUACCUCUGUAAAGGACCACCAUUGGAAGACGGAGGAUUCUACUAUGAGGCUUAUAUGGGUGAUAAGGUCGUGUCCGAAAGCGACUAUGACAAAGUGAAGGAAGCAGUCACUAAGAUUGUGAACGAAAAGCAACCCUUUGAAAGACUUCUCGUCACUAAAGAAGAGGCCCUUCAAUUGUUUGCUGACAACAAAUUCAAGGUCGAAAUUCUCUCUGAAAAGGUAAAGGAUGGAGAUUAUUGCUCUGUUUAUCGUUGUGGUAGAUUGAUAGAUCCUUGCAAGGGCCCUCACCUUCUUCACACUGGAAAAGUCACCACUUUUGAGGUCACUAAAAACUCAUCAUCAUACUGGAGAGCUGAUGCUUCCAAAGAAACUUUACAACGUGUGUAUGCCAUGUCAUUCCCUGAUAAGAAACUUCACAAGGAAUGGCAAACUUUGAUGGAAGAGGCUAAGCGUCGUGACCAUCGUAACAUUGGUAAGGAGCAAGAGUUGUGGUUCUUCCACCCUUAUGCUCCUGGUAUGGUCUUUUUCUUACCUCAUGGCCAACGUUUAUUCAACACUAUCCAAAGUAUGAUGAGAAAUGAAUACUGGAAUCGUGGUUAUUCUGAAGUCCAAACUCCAAAUGUUUUCCACAGUGAUUUAUGGAAAACUUCUGGUCACUGGGACAAGUAUGCUGAAAAUAUGUUUGUUUUAGAAAUUGAUAAGGCUCAACAUAGCUUAAAGCCUAUGAACUGUCCUAGCCACUGCUUGAUGUUUAAACACCGAAAUAGAUCAUACAGAGAAUUACCAAUUCGUUUUGCUGACUUUGGUGUUUUGCACCGUAAUGAACUGAAGGGAGCUUUGACUGGUAUGACUCGUUUAAGAAAAUUCCAACAAGAUGAUGCUCACAUUUUCUGCAGACCAGAUCAAAUCAAACAAGAAAUCAUGUCUUGUUUAGGUAUGAUGCAAGAUAUUUACAAGAUUUUCGGUUUUGGUUUCAAACUUUUCCUCUCUACUAGACCAGAGAAAUAUCUUGGAGAAAUUGAACAAUGGAAUGAAGCUGAAAGACAAUUGGAGGAAGCAUUGAACGAAUUUGGCCAUCCAUGGCAAAAGAAUGAAGGAGACGGUGCUUUCUAUGGUCCAAAGAUUGACAUUUUGAUUUCUGACGCUUUGAAGAGAGAGCAUCAAUGCGCUACUGUUCAAUUGGACUUCCAAUUGCCAAUUCGUUUCGACUUGACCUAUGCUGCUGAAGAUAAGACUGAGACUAGACCAGUCAUUGUGCACAGAGCUAUCUUUGGUUCUUUAGAAAGAUUUUUGGCUAUUGCUACUGAACAUUUUGGCGGAAAAUGGCCAUUCUGGCUUUCCCCAAGACAAGCUAUUGUUGUGCCUGUUUCUAAGAAGUGUAAUGAAUAUGCCGAAAAGGUACAUAAGAUUCUCCAUGAUGCUCGCUUCUAUGUUGACGUUGACUUGAGUGACAAUAGAAUUGACAAGAAGAUUAGAAAUGCUCAGCUCGCUCAAUAUAAUUAUAUUUUGGUCGUCGGACCAAAGGAAAUGGAAACUGAUUCUGUAAACAUCAGAAUCAGAGACAGUGAUAAGGAGCUUGGUGUCAAGACUAUCACUGAAGUUCUUGAAGAAUUCGCCACCAACAAGAAGGAAUUCAAAUAA